CGCGCGGUAUUGCCCUACCUGUGGGCCGUCCCGCUCUCGCCCGACCCCUUGUUUUGCCCCUCCCGUGCCCCAGCGCAUUGCCCUGCCCGUCGCCGCCCCCCAUAUAUACCCGCGCCCCGCCUACCCGGCUCAGCUCAACUCGCCCACCUCCUCCUCCUGAGCCUUCCCCACCGAAGCAGCAACGCCGAAAGCUUUGCGGUGCUCGAGGAAAACAACAGCUGCAUCUAUACGGCAUGGCCUCCGCCUUCUUCUUCGACGCCGAGCCACUCGGCGAGUCCAGCCAGCCCGCGCUAGACGCGUGCGCGCUCUGCGCCAAGCCGCUGGCCCGCGACAGCGACAUCUUCAUGUACAGAGGGGACACACCCUUCUGCAGCGAGGAGUGCAGAUACGAGCAGAUGCAGCUCGACGCCAUCCUCGCGAGGAAGGCUGCCAAGGCCGGCGGCCGGCGGCAGCGGUACUCGUCAAGAACGGAGUCCCGGCACCAGGAGUCCAGGAAGGUGUCCGUGGCCAAUUGACCGGCUGAGGAGGGUUUGUUUUGUGUCAACAAGAUAAGAAGAUCUGAAGAACCAUCGAUCUGACGGGAGGGACAAAAGAGUUCGAUUCCUCCGUCACUGCGGAAUCGCCUGGGCAGUGCGCCGAUGACCGUUGGCGCCGGAGCCUGGAGAAGGGCCUGGGGAGAAAGUCAUAUGCUUGCAAGAGGCUUUGGCCAUCUUUGUCGCCCGCUCCCACCUUUUCUAGGCUUUGAUUCUUGGCUCAAUCGUGUGUGCCAGCUUGUUUUUCAGUCCGAGUGUAACACCACCUUGUAAAUCCAGAGCAUAUGUAAACCUUGAUUCCAAGUUCCAAGCAAAUUUUGAGGAAAA